CGAGGCGGAGGAGGCCCGGGCCGCGCCCCUGCGGCGGAGCCUGAGCUUCAGGCACUGGACGGAGCCCGAGGCGCCGCGGAGCCCCGCGCUGGGCGGCGGGAGGCGGCACAGCAGCUCCGGGAGCCUGGCCUGGGCACUAGACGCCGACGCCGACGCCGAGGCCGAGGCGGGCUCCGAGGCCACCCUAGAGCCCGCGGCCGCCGCGCAGCCGGGCUCGGAGAAGCGCAACACCCUGGACGUGGGCGAGGUGCUCAGCAAGACGGCCGCGCUCUCGGACCUGGAGCGCUGGGAGCGCAGCAAGAGCAAGAACCGCACGCUGGACAACAGCGACCUGCAGCGGCUGGAGCGCGCGCGGGCGGCCGGCUCCGGGGCCUCAGAGCACCGGCUGCUGCGCUUCUUUAGCGGCAUCUUCGCGCGCAGGGACGCGGGGCCCUCGCCCCGGAGCGGCGCCCUGCGGUCGCGCGGCUACUUCAGCCUGCGGCGGGCUCCGGCGGACACGCACUCGUCCAGCGCCGAAAGUAUCGACGGGUCCCCGCGCAGAGAUGCCUUUGUGAACAGCCAGGAAUGGACGCUCAGUCGCUCGGUGCCAGAACUCAAAGUGGGAAUCGUGGGUAACUUGGCCAGUGGCAAGUCUGCGCUGGUGCACCGGUACCUGACAGGCACGUAUGUGCAAGAGGAGUCUCCAGAAGAUAUGGACGCAGGUGGCAGGUUCAAGAAGGAGAUCGUGGUGGAUGGACAGAGCUAUCUGCUGUUGAUUAGGGAUGAAGGGGGCCCCCCAGAGGCACAGUUUACCAUGUGGGUGGACGCGGUCAUCUUUGUCUUCAGCUUGGAGGACGAGAUAAGUUUCCAGACUGUCUACCAUUACUACAGUCGAAUGGCCAACUAUCGGAACACCAGCGAGAUCCCACUUGUGCUGGUGGGAACCCAGGAUGCCAUAAGUUCCACCAACCCAAGGGUCAUUGACGACGCCAGGGCGAGGAAGCUCUCUAAUGACCUGAAGAGGUGCACGUACUACGAGACAUGUGCCACCUACGGGCUCAACGUGGAGCGGGUCUUCCAGGACGUUGCCCAGAAGAUUGUUGCCACAAGGAAGAAGCAGCAGCUGUCCAUAGGCCCCUGCAAAUCCUUACCCAGCUCCCCGAGCCACUCCUCCGUGUGUUCUGCACAGGUGUCAGCUGUGCACAUCAGCCAGACGAGUAACGGAGGUGGAAGUUUAAGUGAUUAUUCCUCCUCUGUCCCUUCGACCCCAAGCACCAGCCAGAAGGAACUUCGGAUCGAUGUCCCUCCCACUGCUAACACCCCAACACCCGUCCGGAAGCAGUCGAAGCGCAGGUCCAACCUGUUCACGUCUCGGAAAGGGAGCGACCCAGACAAAGAGAAAAAAAGCCUGGAGAGCCGCGCGGACAGCAUUGGGAGCGGGCGAGCCAUCCCAAUUAAACAGGGCAUGCUGUUGAAGCGAAGUGGCAAGUCACUGAACAAAGAGUGGAAAAAGAAAUACGUCACCCUGUGUGACAACGGCCUGCUGACCUACCACCCCAGUUUACAUGAUUACAUGCAGAAUGUUCACGGUAAAGAAAUCGACCUCCUGAGAACCACUGUGAAAGUCCCAGGCAAGAGGCCACCCCGAGCCACGUCCGCCUGCGCACCCAUCUCCAGCCCAAAAACCAACGGCCUGUCCAAGGACAUGAGCAGCCUCCACAUCUCACCAAAUUCAGGGAAUGCCACUAGUGCGUCUGGGUCUCAGAUGGCAAGCGGCAUCAGCUUGGUCUCCUUCAACAGCCGACCCGACGGCAUGCACCAGCGCUCCUACUCAGUCUCCAGUGCCGACCAGUGGAGUGAUGCUACGGUCAUUGCAAACUCGGCCAUCAGCAGCGACACAGGCCUGGGGGACUCCGUGUGUUCCAGCCCAAGCAUCUCCAGUAGCACCAGCCCCAAGCUCGACCCACCCCCCUCCCCGCACGCCAACAGAAAGAAGCACCGGAGGAAGAAAAGUACCAGCAACUUCAAGGCCGACGGGCUCUCCGGUACCGCUGAAGCCAAACGCAAAGCAUGGAAACUAAACCGUGUUGGUAGCCUGCGAAAUAUAUACAGCAGCAGCAGCACCAACACCGAAGAGCAAGAAGAAAACUUUGAGUUUAUCAUUGUGUCCCUCACUGGCCAGACAUGGCACUUUGAAGCCGCCACAUAUGAGGAGCGAGACGCAUGGGUCCAAGCCAUCGAAAGCCAGAUCCUAGCCAGCUUGCAGUCCUGCGAGAGCAGUAAGAAUAAGUCCCGACUGACGAGCCAGAGUGAGGCCAUGGCGCUGCAGUCUAUACGGAACAUGCGAGGGAACUCCCACUGUGUGGACUGUGACACCCAGAACCCUAACUGGGCCAGUUUGAACUUGGGAGCCCUCAUGUGCAUCGAGUGCUCAGGGAUCCACCGGAAUCUUGGUACCCACCUCUCUCGGGUCCGAUCUCUGGACCUUGACGACUGGCCCAUGGAGCUGAUCAAGGUGAUGUCGGCCAUUGGGAACGAGCUGGCCAAUAGCGUGUGGGAAGAGAGCAGCCAGGGGCGGACGAAACCCUCCUUAGACUCCACAAGGGAAGAGAAGGAACGGUGGAUCAGGGCUAAGUAUGAGAAGAAGCUCUUCCUGGCCCCGCUGCCGUGCACAGAGUUCUCCCUGGGCCAGCAGCUGCUGCAUGCCACCGCUGAGGAGGACCUGCGGACCAUCAUUCUGUUGCUGGCCCAUGGCUCCCGGGACGAGGUGAAUGAGACCUGUGGGGAAGGAGACGGCCGCACUGCACUGCACCUGGCCUGCCGCAAGGGCAACGUGGUCCUGGCACAGCUGCUGAUCUGGUAUGGGGUGGACGUCAUGGCCCGAGAUGCCCAUGGGAACACAGCCCUGGCCUAUGCCCGGCAGGCCUCCAGCCAGGAGUGCAUCGACGUGCUGCUGCAGUACGGCUGCCCCGAUGAGCGCUUCGUACUCAUGGCCACUCCCAACCUGUCCAGGAAGAACAGCAGCCGGAACAGCAGCGGGAGGAUGCCCAGCGUCAUCUGAGUGCAGCCUAGCUGCAGCGGGUAUCCCACUGCCUCCAGCCUGCUCCAGGAGGUCAUAGCACGUGAGUCCCUCCGCCCCCCCCUUCCUGGUGGUCACCUGCUGUCCACCCGCCACUCACUCAACCCCAUGAAAUCUCCGAACCUGGACCCCCUCAAGGGGAGAAGAGGAGGCCAGAGGCCGCCGAGCCCAUUCCUUUUCACACGCUCCAGAAGCAGCACAGGAGGGACCAACGGCCUCGGGUCUUUGAGCAUAGCACAUGGCUGGGGGACCCAUGUUCUGAGGGCCUAGAGAGACAGUGCCAGGGCCGGGAGGAAAGGAGAGGGGCGACCCCCCUAACUGGCAGUUAAGCACAUCAGUACAUUUCACCUCUACGGAAAGGAGCACUUGGAUUUCACGUCUCCGAGGAGCUUGACGGCGUAAAUCAGAAGCAAGCACAGAGUUUGUCAGGUCUGAAGCCCUUAUGAUGGUAGGUGUCAAAUCAGUUGUAGCUAAUCUGUCCAGGGAGAAUGCUGGCUUCAUUACACUUGUAUAGUCGAGUUCGCCCAGCAUUACUGCUGUUUAAUAGAACAUGAUUAGUCAUCACCGGGAAGAAAGCAUAUUAGCCGAGGAGGUAGUUACGUGGCACGCUCCGGUGAUUGCCACGAUGUGAUUGCAAUACUCUUAGAAGCAUCAUAUUAUCCCAGACAUCUCUCCAGCCCUUGGAGCCCUCCUUUCUAAAUUCACUGUCAUAAUUUAGUAUCUGUUUAAUUUCUCAGUCCAAAGAGAGGAACUCAGUUGCCGGGUAUUAUCUGACCCCAUUCUCCUUGGUUAAAAAACAAAAUGGAAAAAAAUAAAUAAAUAAGAAUAACUGGGGAAUUCAAAAAGAAAUCAUGAUUUUGGCCGAAAACCGCUUCUCAGGUGUUUCAUGAACUCAGUAAAUAUGGAAAAGGUUAUUUUUUUCCUAAGAGAGAUUUCUGUCCUUUGGCUGCGGGGACAGAUAGGUCUCAGGCUCUCCCAGUCCACAUGGUCUGAGUUACCCAGGUUCCUGCCUCAGAUACGAUGUGUGAAAAUCUAUUUGAAUAAAAGAAGUUCAUAAAUAUGCAUUGAUUUUUGUACAGACAAAUGGCACCUCUGUUGAUUUAUAAAGUGAACUGGAUGUGAACUAAUACCAUGCAGCUAGUUGAGAUCAGAGGGUUGCAGAGCACAUGGAAUGUGUUCCCAGCAGCAAGCACUUUCGUUAAUGUGGUGCACAGCCUGGUAAAGGAGCCCAUCACAAUAAGACAGCGGUACAGUUUGCUUAUUAAAAUCAAAAGGGGGGAGAAGCAGGUUAGAAAGGGAAGGGUGUGUCUCGACCCACGGGCAGGAUUGAGAUCUAAGACCACUCUUGCCAACAAAGUGAGGGGCUGAGGCAGGAAGGGGUGAGUCUCUGACUGCCAGACCGAGGCACUUUCACCAUGGCACCUCGUGAGCAGCUGUUAAUGGUGUGGGCUCCGCUGCAGGCCCUGCUCAGCCCAGCCUCUGGCCCUAGCACUGUGCCUGAUUUGCCAGCCUGGGUGCAGGGUACUUCAGACACUGACCACCUUCAGCAUGGCAGUCAGACCAGAACACCAAACCGUGACACAUAAAAGAAAAGAGGCCUUGCUAGUGGGCCUGUGUGGCACAGGGGAAGACAGGAAGCCGGGCCUACUUGAGCCGAAGUCCAGAGAUGCAAAGCCACAUACGGCUGGCGGUCUGCGGAGACCUUCCCUGCUCUCACAUGUUAAACCUUAUAUUUUGUAAGAGUUUUUCCUCCUCUUCCACUUUUUAAAAAAAAAUUUAAAGUAGAUCGGAACAAAAAUAAAGCUUUAAACAGAAUUUAUAUGUGGGCGUUUCGUGGAGAUUUCUAAACUUAAUACAGCUUGGUGGAACUAACCAGUGUCCAGAAAAACGUCACAGGUGCGGAAGCCACAGGUCUAGCCUCCCAGCCCCGGUUCCACAAGCCCUCUAUUUAAUUUUCCGUCUGCGAUUCAUCACUGUGUAGUUAUUUUAAAUGUGAAUAGAGAAAACGAGAUGGUGUUGGCUAUUUUUGAAGAGUGCAUCCGCAUCUAAUCCCGCAAUCCGCAUUCGCCUCCACGUAGCCUUUACCGUAGACUUUCUGUAGAGAAACACAGAGUAUAAAUGAGAUUCUUAAAUUAUUUCAUUGUAGUUAAUUCCCACUGUAGGAAUGCUUUUAUCAUAGCAGAGCCUGCUUCCGAAGAGAGAUGAAAUUCCUCCUAGGGCUUCUGUCCGGGGUGUACAUGAGUGUGUACAUAUUAUUAUAUGUGUUUAUAAUGUAAUAUUUUCCCACAUGACUUCUUCUUUCAUGUCACCUUUCACAGCCCAAAUGCACGAUGGCUCACUCCUGUUCCCUCCCUCUGUCGCUCUGACAUCAUCAGUUCUUCCUCAGAACACAAGGUCCCUCCCCUUCCGGUUUUAGCCACACUGAACUAUCCAAGAAGCAACUGCUUUUCGUGAGCCUGAGUUUUGGCAGCAGCUGGAGGCCAUAGUGGGGCCUUCAGGGUUUUCUGUGCAGAUGAGGGAGAGUACACUAAGUGGCUAGCCUGUGUUUGUGCUUCACUGUCAGACCCCACGUCCUUUUCUCCCCAGAGGCCUUCCAACGCCUUCUUGCCCCGGUUUUCAAGCUAACUCCAUGGCUGAGUAAUGCAAGGGCCAGGGGCCAGCGUUAGAAGUGACCAGCAUGGGGGUGGGGGUUGGGAUCUCAUUGAAAAUAUUCCCACCAGUAAACACUUCCUUUGAUGUGAUACACAACUUUUAAAAAGGAACAUCGGAAGCCAGGCGUGGUGGCGCACACCUUUAAUCCCAGCACUCGGGAGGCAGAGGCAGGCGGAUCUCUGAGUUCAAGGAUAGCUGGGCCUACAGGAUGACCCUGUCUCAAAAAGACCAAAAAUAAAAAUAAAAGGAACAUCUGAAUAAGAUGGUGCAAUUUGCUUUAAAAUCAAGAAAACGAGCAGGAAAAAGGCAGGGAGGCCGGUUGGAGCAUAAAGCCUGUGAGCUGCAGUUCCGAAGGCAGGAUUCAGGUCUGAGACCACUUUUGCCAGCCAGGAGCGUGGGGCCCCAAGGGAUGGCCAUGAGAAGCCCUGCCCUCCCCAUGACCUGUGUUCAGGACGAGCAUUCUCUGUUGAUGGGUCGUAGCCAGCUGGGGCAGGCUCAGACAGGCUGUGCAUCCAACUACAUGGCUCUUCUGCUUCAAGAUAUCCCGGCACCACCACUGCUGCCCAGGUGGGCAGUUGCUGAACUGCGUGAGACUCAGAGUUGCCUGGAUUCCUCAGUGACCUAGAAAACCCUUCAGGGAACAGGUGCUGUGAUUCCAGCCCCACAAGAGCAGACCUCAGUGGACAGGGGUUGACCAAGCCUAGCACCUCAGUCAUGACCCUGUCCAUCUCCUUGGGAGUGAGCAAGGGACACCUCCUUUGGUCCCAUUCUCCCGGUAAGAUCACAGUUUAUGUAGCAUAGAACCCUGGGGAGGUAGAGGGUCAGUCCUUAUUGACAUGCAUUGGUUUAAUGAUGCGGGGAGGGAAUGAACCCAGGAUCUCACAUAGUAGAUCACUGAACCACAUCACCCCAUCCGAGUCCCUCCUCGAUGACCAGCAUCACACCUGGCUCUGAGAUGGAUGCUCAAGAAACCAGAAAUACGGAAUAAGACCAAAAGGAACAGGUUGGGAUGCGGCUUGGUGUAGAGAACCCGCCCAGCAUAAGCAAGGCCAUAGUGUCCAUCUCCAACAUCCUAAAAAGUUGCACACACUAGACAUCUGUCCCAGCUGAACCUAUGUCCUGGGGAUGCAGCGAUGGGACCAGCUGCCUCCUGGUGUAGCCCUGGAGCUGGCACUGUCCCUCCUGAGGUGCCUGUGAGCAGGAACGAUGCCAUGGGAAGAGAACGAGGCACUCUUGAGCCUGCUCCCUCCAAGUUUUUAGUCUGGCUUUCCAGAGCAGAGCAGAGCUGAGUGCAGCCCACCCCAUCCCCACUUGUCACUCGUGCCUGAGGUUAGACUCCUCCCCUCCAGUCUUGCAGUGCUGUUGGCUUGUCAGUCUCCCUCACCUCGUAGUCACAUGAGGCUGCUAGGACACACACAUGCAUUGGUCCUCAUUUCAGUGUCCUGUCCCCCUAACUUUGAGAAUCUUAGGCCUUGGGUGUCGGUGCCUCUAUCUACCCCCAGGGUCUCUGCCUUUUCCUCCCUGCAUUUAGGCUGUUUCAGGACUGACCGGGGGAACCUCUGUCCCUGUCUGGUGACACAGAAGACCCACAACAUUGUAGCUGAGAAGGCAUGUGAUCAGGGCUUCCCAACUUCCAGGAGACAAAGGUCUUCAAGGAGCAAACCCAGGCCUGUUGACCGGCUCUCCUCAGCUGCUCUGUCUCUGUCCUUCCCACCCUACGAGGUCGCCAAGGCUUUGCUAGAACUCCUCUGGCUUGUAUUUCUGACCUUGAAGCAAACAAAUUGAAAAGCAGUCAGGAAGGAAUUUGAAGUGUGGCACUGAUGCCUUUUCUUCAAAGGAAAUGAAUUUAUCCCCCACUGCCUCCUCAGACUCGGGCCCCUGUCAGGAUGUCACAGCCUGGGGUGAGCUCACCUUUGCCCUCACCAGAGCUAAGUCAGGACCUUUCAUAUCCAACACGAAACCUCCUCUACCAGUGUGUCUCUUAGAUUCCAAGUGACCAGGAGAACCACCGGACCCUGCUGUCUCAUGUCAGGCCUAGAUGGGGCCCAGUGGUUCAAGCAUCUGAAUUAGGGAGGUUUUAGCCAAAAUGUCACAUUCCUUCCAGUAAGGUGGGAAAGAGAAGGGAAGGGCCAACAGUCCUGGGACUUUCAUUCCCAUUACUGGACCCAAGAAACAGAGACACGUGAUUACAGACGCCAGCGUCUGUCAGGGCUCAUCUCUUGCUUCGUGGGGAAGGACGCCACUGACCCAGUCAGGCCUUAGUGUCCCAGACAGUCUUUUCCCCCUCGGGAAGUCCCAUUGUGACAAGGAGCAUUUUCAGACACUAGGAUUACCUAUUCCGUGGGUACACCUGCUGAUUCUUAAACAAGAGUCUACACCCUGAGUCAAAGUUCAAUGGACAUUUCAUCUGUGGUGGUUUCUUUGUUUUGGCAAGCCUGGGUCAGGCAUGUUUAAGAGCUGCCAGUCCAGUGACCACCUGCCCAGAGAUAGUGGCACAGCAGGAGUCCACAUGUAACCUGUCUUCUGGUCCCUAGUUUGGAGGAGCCGAUUUUGCUACAAAGCGGCCUUUGAUUUGGGGUUUGCUCCUGUCUGCUCAAAACAUUCUUGGGGCCUGGAGGUGGCAGUGGGCGCUUUGGGGUCUAAGAAGGCCUCGGUGAGUGAGUGAGAGCUCGGCUCAGGGCUUUGCCUUUUUCCUUUUUCUGUUUUUCUGGCCUGCAUGUGGCAUCUUCAGUUGUCCCCCUGGGAGGGUCGUGAAUGAAGCCAUAUGAUGGACUUUCCCGCCAAAGACAAUGAUUGCUCUGGAAUUCUAUGUGCAGGGAAUUGCAUAGCCUUUGUCUUGUGAAAGGAAGGAACCAAGAGGUGUGAGUGUGGAUGGGGGGGGGUCAUAACAGUGAGCAGAGCCCCUUAGCACACGGCUGCUAGAACAGCCACCCCCAGAUCGCAUUGUCCCCUAAUCUCCAGGUGCUGGACUAUGUCCACACUAGCCCAGAAAGCUGCAAAGAGAAAAGCUUGGAGUGUGUGGGUUAGAUGAGGGGUGUCCUGAGUAGAAAGACCUGCGUGGCCAGAAACCAGAACCUUAGAGAGUCCUCCAGCCAUAGCUGAGGUGCUUGCAAGGGACCUGACCCAUCUGGCUCACCAGGGUGGACAGAAAAGGGACCAAGCAUGCCGAGAACUGUUGCAUGUCAAAACAUGGCUCCUGGCUCUGGUCUGGCGCCCACAGCACGCCUGUUGGUUCUGCAGUUUUGUCACCAGGACAGGACUGAGGGUGCUAGGGGGUUGAGUAGAGACCUGGCUGCUCGAUGACAGACAGGCAAAAGAUGCUUUCAAAACAGCUCUGUGGCAUUAAGAAGGGGCCAAGACCUGCACCAGCCUGUUGGAAAUAACCCCCACACACACUUGCAAAGCAUCCCGCUUACCUCCCCACACUGUUUUGAAGUUUGUUUUUUUAUACAGUCUUAAAGCUUCUUGAGAUCCCAGCCCUGAAAACCUGAAAGGGGUCUGUGUUGAGCUCCCAGUAGGCACAGGAUGUGGCCUGCCCCUGACAGCAGCCUGGGGCUAGACCUGCAGAGCCCAGGGUCCUUAGGUGGUUCUCUUCCUUCUGCUUGUCCCUUCCCCUCCUCUGUUGAGGUCCUUAUCUUGCCAUGAGAAUUUCUUUCCUAAGAGAAACCCCAGAGCAGGUCAGGUGACACUGAGACACAUUUCUGGGUGGGGACAGGGAAAGCCCCUGGGCCUCCUUGAGUGCAGUUAGUCACCUGUUGUAGCCAAGAGCACAAUGGGGGAGUCUCCGGGGGUGGGUGGUCCGUCCGGGUUGUUUUAUAUUACCUCAUUCGCAGUUUUGUUUCCCGAUGGAUGAUUGAUGCUUUAUUUAUGUGUUUGUACUGUAAUUAAACCAUCCGCAGACAUUUCGCUUGUUAAUUCCUAUGACCUUGUUCAGAUUAAAUAUGCGGUUUGUAUUUUCCUGCCUUGGGAUUUUCUGUGUCAGCUGUACAGUAUUCUAAGAGGAAAAGAAAAAGAAAACCGUGUAAAGUAAUGGAGAGAGGUGGCUAGAGUGUAGAGACCUCUUUCUAAUAAAGACGCGAGAAUAUGUCGA